AUGGGUAUGACGAGACAAAAGUCGGAUAAGGGACUUGAUGUCGUUAAGUUGCUUUCUCGGGGGUAUAAAAGCUUCGGGAGGCACACCCAGCAGUCUCAUUCUUUGGAUCUCUCGAGACUGAACGGCGUGGCCGUGGCAGCGUUCGAUCCGUCGGCAAACAUGUUUGUGGUCAAGCGCAGUGGUGGCAAGGAGCUGAUGAGCUUCGACAAGAUCUCCGAGAGGCUCAUCAAGCUGUCGGAAGAUCCGUUCCAGCCGUACCCCCGUCGGUCCCGAGAGUCGAGAGACUGCGACGACCCUCUGUGCACCGGUGCACCGUUGAAGGGGGUGAACCCGCACAAGGUCGCGCAGAAGGUAUGCGCCGGGAUCUACGACGGCAUCACCACGGUGGAGCUCGACAAGCUGGCUUCCGAGGAGGCGGCGGCCAUGCAGAGCCUCCAUCCAGAGUACGGCGUCUUGGCCUCGCGAAUCGUCGUGAGCAACCUGCACAAGACGACGCCGUCUACCUUCGGGGGGUCCCCGUACCCCCGUCGGUCCCGAGAGUCGAGAGACUGCGUCGUGGACGACGACCCUCUGUGCACGGGUGCACCGUUGAAGGGGGUGAACCCGCACAAGGUCGCGCAGAAGGUCUGCGCCGGGAUCUACGAUGGCAUCACCACGGUGGAGCUCGACAAGCUGGCUUCCGAGGAGGCGGCGGCCAUGCAGAGCCUCCAUCCAGAGUACGGCGUCUUGGCCUCGCGAAUCGUCGUGAGCAACCUGCACAAGACGACGACGUCUACCUUCGGGGGGUCCGUGAGGGAGUUGGAGGGGAGGCUCGACGCGCGCUUCUACGCCAUGCUGACCGAGGAGGAGGCGCUCCUGGAGGUGCUGGAGGAGGCGAUCGACUACACCAGGGACUACAACUACGACUACUUUGGGAUCAAGACGCUCGAGAAGAUGUACCUCCUGAAGGCCCAGGGCGGCGUGAUCCGGGAGCGUCCUCAGCACAUGCUGAUGCGGGUCGCGGCUUGGAUCAACAGCGCGCGCGGCGAGUUGCUGAAUCUGAAGAAGACGCUCGAGACGUACGGGCUGAUGUCCGACCGUUUUUACACGCACGCAACGCCAACGUUAUUCAAUGCGGGCACGCGGAUGCCUCAGCUCUCGUCUUGCAUGCUGUUGAAUCAGAUCGACACGGCCGAGCGAGACAGCAUCGACGGCAUGUACGACCUGGUCAAGCACGUGGCGCAGAUCAGCAAGAUGGCGGGGGGUAUCGGGACGAACUGCAGCCUCGUGCGCGCCAAGGGCAGCUACAUCAGGGGCAGCGGGGGCACCUCCAAGGGGCUCGUGCCCUUCCUGCGCGUCUUGAACGAGACGGCUCGUCACGUGGACCAGGCGGGGGUGCGCAAGGGCGCGGUGGCGGUCUUCAUGGAGCCCUGGCACGGCGACAUCGUGGAGUUCUUGGACAUCCGCAAGAACGCGGGCAAGGAGGAGGCGAGAGCGAGGGACCUGUUCACGGCGCUUUGGGUGCCCGACGAGUUCUUCCGGAGGGUGCUGGCGGACGAGGACUGGUCGCUCAUGUGCCCUAACGAGGCGCAGGGGCUCAGCGACGCGUGCGGUGACGACUUCGUGCGGCUGUACCGAGAGUACGAGGAGCGAGGCAUCGCCCGGCGCAAGAUGAAGGCGCGUCAGCUGUGGGACUUGAUCCUGCGGUCCAUGAUCGAGACCGGGACGCCCUACAUCUCCGCCAAGGACGCCGUGAACGCGAAGAGUGGCCAGAAGAAUCUGGGGACCAUCAAGAACUCGAACCUGUGCAACGAGGUGACGCUCUACUCCGAUGCGGAGGAGACGGCGGUGUGCGUGCUUGCGUCGGUGGCGCUGAGCAGGUUCGUGAAGUACGAGGACGGCCCCGGAUCGCCCGCGUACAUGGACUACGCGGAGCUCCACUCGGUCACGAUGGCCGUGGCCAAGAACCUGGACCGGGUGAUCGACACCACAAUCUACCCGACGCAUGAGUGCGAAGCGAGCAGCAAGCGGCACCGCCCGAUCGGCAUCGGCGUCCAGGGCUUCUGCGACGUGCUGUAUGCGCUGCGGCUGCCGUUCGAGUCCUCGGGCGCGAGGGAGGUCAACGUGCGGAUCUUCGAGACUAUGUAUCAUGCAGCCGUGCUGGCCAGCGUGGAGCUCGCCGAGGUCUACGGCCCUUACUCGUCGUUUGCCGGCUCCCCCGCCAGUGAGGGCAAGCUGCAGUUCGACCUGUGGGGCGUGGAGCCCGGCGCGUCGGAGUACGACUGGGUGAGGCUGAGGGAGAGGGUGAAGGAGAGUGGGCUGCGCAACAGCACGUCGAUGGCGCUCAUGCCCACCGCCAGCACCUCGCAGCUCCUGCAGAACACGGAGUCAUUCGAGCUGCCCACGUCGUUCAUGUACAGCCGGAGGACUCUGUCCGGGGAGUUCAUGGUCAUCAAUCGCUGGUUGCUGCGCGACCUCGUCCGGUCCCGCCUCUGGACUCCGGACCUGAAGCAGGAGCUGGUCCGGGACGAGGGCUCCGUUCAGGGCAUCGAGCGCAUCCCCUCGAGCCUGCGGUCUCUCUACAAGACGACGUGGGAGGUACCGAUGAAGGCAUACAUCGACAUGAUGCGGGACAGGGCGCCAUUCGUGUGCCAGAGCGCGAGCCUGAACCUCUACCAGAGGGAGCCCAACCUGAAGAAGCUCAGCAACAUGCUCAUAUACGGAUGGAAGCAGGGGCUGAAGACGGUGUGCUAUUACAUGAGGACCCGCCCGGCGUCGACUGCGACCAAGUUCACCGUGGAGAGCGACAAGGGCACCGCGGAUGCGGAUGCGGACGCGCCCGCAUGUAGUAUGGAGGAAGGAUGCGUUUCGUGCUCGUCUUAG